AUGGCCAGGAUUUGCUGUGCCCUGCUGCUCUCGCUGCUGCUGCUCCUGCACAGCCCGGCCGCCUGCGGGGCCCCGCCGCAGCCCCGCGUGGUGUCUGACCUGUGUGCCACGGGGGACCACGACUGUGAGCAGGUGUGUGUCAGCACCCCAGGGGCCUACAGGUGCGCCUGCAGGGACGGCUUCAGCCUCAACAGCGACGGCAAGACCUGCACCGCUUGCAAUGGUGGCUUGGGGUCUGCUCUGGAUCUUGUGUUCCUCAUCGAUGGCUCCAAGAGUGUGAGGCCUGAGAACUUUGAGCUGGUGAAGAAAUUCAUCAACCAGAUCGUGGAUUCUCUGGAGGUGUCGGACAAGCAGGCGCAGGUGGGGCUGGUGCAGUACUCCAGCUCCGUCCGGCAGGAGUUCCCUCUGGGCCAGUUCAAGAGCAAGAAGGACAUCAAAGCAGCAGUGAAGAAAAUGUCCUACAUGGAGAAGGGCACCAUGACAGGCCAGGCUCUCAAGUACCUCGUUGACAGCUCCUUCUCCGUCAUCAACGGAGCCCGGCCCGGCGUCCCCAAGGUGGGGAUUGUCUUCACUGAUGGGCGCUCACAGGAUUAUAUCUCAGAUGCUGCCAAAAAAGCCAAGGACUCAGGAUUUCGGAUGUUUGCCGUGGGAGUGGGCAACGCUGUGGAGGACGAGCUGAGGGAGAUCGCCUCAGAACCCGUGGCUGAGCAUUAUUUCUACACUGCUGACUUCAGGACCAUCAGCAAGAUCGGGAAGAAGCUGCAGAUGAAGAUCUGUGUUGAGGAAGAUCCGUGUGAGUGCAAAUCCAUCAUGAAGUUCCAGACCAAAGUAGAAGAGCUCAUCAAUUCCUUGCAGCAGAAACUGGAAGCUGUGGCCAAAAGAAUUGAAGCCCUGGAGAACAAGAUCAUCUAA